ACUCUUAUUUCCAGUAGAGGAUCAGGCAGGAAGAGCCCCUGGUGUGAACACACGGAACCAAGAGAAAGACAAGAUGGGCACUGCUGGAAAAGUUAUCAAAUGCAAAGCAGCUGUGCUGUGGGAACCAAAUAAAUCCUUCUCCAUCGAGGAAAUUGAAGUCGCCCCACCAAAGGCUAAAGAAGUUCGCAUUAAAAUUCUGGCCACAGGCAUCUGUCGCACAGAUGACCAUGUGAUAAAAGGAGCAAUGGUGUCUAAGUUUCCAGUGAUUGUGGGGCAUGAGGCAACUGGGGUUGUGGAGAGCAUUGGAGAAGGAGUCACUACGGUGAAACCAGGAGACAAAGUCAUCCCUCUCUUUCUGCCACAGUGUAGAGAAUGCAAUGCCUGCCGCAGCCCAAAUGGCAACCUUUGUAUUAGGAGCGAUGUCACCGGUCGUGGAGUGCUGGCCGAUGGCACCACCAGAUUUACAUGCAAGGGCAAACCCGUCUAUCACUUCAUGAACACCAGUACAUUUACUGAGUACACGGUGGUGGAUGAAUCUUCUGUUGCCAAGAUUGACAACACAGCUCCUCCUGAGAAAGUCUGUCUGAUUGGCUGUGGGUUUUCCACUGGAUAUGGGGCUGCUGUUAAAACAGCCAAGGUCACACCUGGUUCUACCUGUGUUGUCUUCGGCCUGGGAGGAGUUGGCCUGUCAGUCAUCAUGGGCUGUAAGGCAGCUGGUGCAUCCAGGAUCAUUGGGAUUGACCUCAACAAAGACAAAUUUCAGAAGGCCAUGACUGUUGGGGCCACCGAGUGUAUUAGCCCCAAGGACUACACCAAGCCCAUCAGUGAGGUGCUGUCAGAAAUGACAGGCAACACUGUGGGGUUCUCUUUUGAAGUUAUUGGGCGUCUCGAAACCAUGGUUGAUGCCCUCGCCUCCUGCCACAUGAACUAUGGGACCAGUGUGGUGGUGGGUGCGCCUCCAUCAGCCAAGCUGCUCACCUAUGACCCAAUGCUGCUCUUCACUGGACGCACAUGGAAGGGAUGCGUCUUUGGAGGCUGGAAAAGCAGAGAUGAUGUCCCCACACUAGUGACUGACUUCCUGGCAAAGAAAUUUGACCUGGACCAGCUGAUCACCCAUGUAUUACCUUUCAAAAAUAUCAAUGAAGGAUUUCAACUGCUCUAUUCAGGGCAAAGCAUUCGAACUGUCCUGACGUUUUGAGAUCUAAGUGGGAGCUCUGUGCUGUGUGAUGGUGACCUGGAGCUUCCCUUUUACACUUUGCUCCUCUGAGGUUAUAGAUCUGUCCCAGAAAUACACAGAAGAAGAUCUGGUGAAGAUAAAGAGCACUUAUAAACACUGAGAGUCUAAUGAGUACCUGGGAAUUAGCAGGGUCUUAAUAGCAAUAUUAACGUUUUAAUUUACACUUCCUAAGCCUGUAAUUAUAUAUUUCAAAAAACAUAUAUUUAGGUCUCUGUGUUGGAAUAGAGAUGCUUUUAAAAGAGGUUUGUUUUUGGUUUUGGUUUUUGCCAUAGGGGUUGUGCACUUACCAGAGAGAGACAGUGAGAGGGAAAGUGAGAAAUCACACUCUAAGGGGGGAUGGCCACACCACAAUCCCUUCUCCUUCAUUCUCCUCCUGGGAUCCUGUGCACAGUUUUAAACAUUUGCUACCACUUAGAACAUAGCAUAUAAAGAUAUGGUAAGUGUAUUUCCAAAGCAAUAUUCAUUUAAUACUUUUUGGGGGGAUACGACUGUAAAUAAUUCUUUUAAAUGUCUGUUGUAAGUUACCUUGACCUAUGUUUUGUGGUCGGCUCCUUGCACGGCACACACACUUGAUUAGAUUGUAAAAGAAAUGGGGAAGUGUAAAGGAAGAACACAUUUUCCAGUGACUAGCUUUAAGAAUAAUCAUUGUAUUUCUUGGUGAAAAGCUAUUUGCCAACAUAAAUUAGUAUUUCAGGAAAUAUGCCUUUUUAUAAUUAUCUAAACACAGAGGUGCCCCUAGAAUUACAUUGUAAUAUUUACCAUAAUGUUCAGUUUGAUGAAGUAGAAUUACCAGCCCCUAAGUCCCUAAAUACUUUGUAAUGACUCCACUUACAAAAAGCAUAGUUUGGUUCAACCAUAGUGGCAUACCUCUAUAUACUAUGUUUAUAAUUCUUAAUAAAACUAAGUUUUACAAAA